AUGGCGUACAACGGCCGUGAUCAGGAGUAUGGAGGACAUGCUUUGCAGGACCUUCCUGCUGGCGGAAGCCAGUACCACCUCCCCCCCCAAGAGAAUGACGAGGAGCAGGGCCGCGGUCUAUUGAACUCAGGUUACGACCAAGAUCGACUUGGCGCCCGCACUCCCCCCGACCGCCCCGUCUCUGCUUACAGUCUCACUGAGUCCUACGCCCCUGGGGCCUCGUCAACCAUGCCUGGCCAGGGACCUACUGGAUAUGGUGAUGGAAGCAGCUUUGGUCAAUUUGGUAAUCUUGACGCUGCCGCCCCUUUCCCUCGCCCCGACUCUGCCUUCGACCCCGAAGACAGCUGGGUUGAGCGACAGCAGCAGCCUCAGAUGGGCGGUGGUCUUGGCCGCUCGAAAACCCGAAAGAUCAAACUGGUUCAGGGUUCAGUCCUGAGCAUUGAUUACCCUGUUCCCAGUGCGAUCAAGAAUGCUGUCCAGCCCCAGUAUCGUGACGCUGAGAGUGGUACCGAAGAGUUCCAUAAGAUGCGAUAUACUGCUGCUACCUGUGAUCCUAACGACUUCACUCUCAAGAACGGUUACGAUUUGCGACCUCGCAUGUACAACCGACACACUGAGUUGCUGAUCGCCAUUACAUACUAUAACGAAGACAAGGUUCUUCUCGCACGAACGCUGCAUCACACCAUGCAGAACAUCCGCGACAUUGUCAACCUGAAGAAGUCGACCUUCUGGAACAAGGGUGGUCCAGCUUGGCAGAAGAUCGUUGUAUGCUUGGUUUUCGAUGGUAUCGACAAGGCUGACAAGAAUACACUGGAUGUCCUUGCCACUGUCGGCGUGUACCAAGACGGUGUUAUCAAGAAGGAUGUCGACGGCAAGGAGACUGUUGCUCACAUCUUCGAAUACACCAGCCAGCUUUCCGUCACGCCCAACCAGCAGCUUAUUCGACCUACAAACGAGGGCACACAGAACUUGCCACCAGUUCAGAUGAUCUUCUGUUUGAAGCAAAAGAACACCAAGAAGAUUAACUCGCAUCGAUGGCUGUUCAAUGCCUUCGGCCGUAUCUUGAAUCCUGAGGUGUGUAUCCUGCUCGAUGCAGGUACUAAGCCCAGUCCCCGAUCUCUCCUUGCUCUUUGGGAGGGAUUUUACAAUGAUAAGGACCUGGGAGGCGCUUGUGGUGAGAUCCAUGCUAUGCUUGGCAAGGGUGGAAAGAAGCUGUUCAACCCCCUCGUUGCCGUCCAGAACUUCGAGUACAAGAUCUCAAACAUUCUGGACAAGCCUCUCGAGUCUUCUUUUGGUUAUGUCUCUGUCCUGCCUGGUGCUUUCUCAGCCUACAGAUUCCGAGCCAUCAUGGGCCGCCCGCUGGAACAGUAUUUCCAUGGUGAUCAUACCUUGUCUAAGAUGCUUGGUAAGAAGGGUAUCGAUGGUAUGAACAUUUUCAAGAAGAACAUGUUCUUGGCCGAGGAUCGUAUUCUCUGUUUUGAGCUGGUCGCCAAGGCUGGCCAGAAGUGGCACUUGUCCUAUAUCAAGGCUGCCAAGGGCGAAACCGAUGUGCCUGAGGGUGCAGCUGAAUUCAUUAGUCAACGUCGACGAUGGCUCAACGGUUCAUUCGCUGCCACACUAUACUCACUGAUGCAUUUCGGACGAAUGUACAAGUCGGGUCAUAACAUCAUCCGCAUGUUCUUCCUCCACAUUCAACUCAUCUACACCACUCUCAACACUCUCUUCGCAUGGUUCUCUCUUGGCUCUUACUGGCUUACAACAUCCGUCAUCAUGGAUCUUGUCGGUACUCCUAAGCCUGCAUCCGGUUAUCACGCCUGGCCAUUCGGCGACACGGGUACACCUGUCGUCAAUGCCCUGCUUCAGUACCUCUACUUAGCCUUCGUCAUGCUUCAGUUCAUUCUGGCUCUUGGUAACAGGCCCAAGGGCUCCAAGUUCACAUACAUCGCUUCCUUCAUGGUCUUCAGUCUCAUUCAAGGUUACAUCCUGGUUCUCUCAGCCUAUCUGGUUAUUCGUGCUUUUGACACGCCCAUUGGAGACCAGAUCUCGUUCGCCUCGACCGACGCUUUCCUUGACAGUUUCUUUGGCGGUUCAAGCGCUGGAGGUGUUAUUUUGGUCGCCCUUAUCACCAUCUAUGGACUCAAUUUUGUUGCCUCGUUCAUGUACCUCGAUCCCUGGCACAUGUUCCACUCCUUCCCCUACUAUCUGCUUCUCAUGUCGACUUACAUUAACAUUCUCAUGGUUUAUGCCUUCAACAACUGGCACGAUGUCUCUUGGGGUACCAAGGGUUCAGACAAGGCUGAGGCACUUCCCUCUGCCCACGUCACCAAGGGCGAGAAGAACGAGGUUGUUGUCGAGGAAGUUGAGAAGGAGCAGGAGGAUAUUGACAGUCAAUUCGAGCAGACUGUCCGCCGAGCUCUUGCUCCCUUCAAGGAGGAGGAGGAGGUUGAGAAGGCCGAUGUUGAGGAUGGUUACAAGUCUUUCCGAACAGGACUCGUCGUCAGCUGGUUGUUCGGAAACAUUCUCCUUAUUGUCUGCAUUACCAGCGACAAGUUUGAUAAUCUCGGAUGGGGUGAACCUGCCACAGAUCGCAAGGCGCAUUACUUUCAGUUCCUUCUGUACGCUACUGCCGUGCUCUCGCUCAAAAAGGAGCAGAAGGAGGCAGAGAACGCCGAGGGCCAGGCGACGGGUGGCAAGAAGAAGAAGGUGACUGCAGCUCAGCUGCGCGUGCAAAAAGGUAUGCUUCAUCCUGUCCAGAUCUUGACGUGUAGUGGUGUGUUUGGGAUGAAGAGGUUAACGCAUGCCGCAACAGAUCUUUCAGAACUUUCCCUCGGAUCAACGAUGAAGACAGAGUUCCCCGACCCCGAUGACAUCCUUAACUUCGUACUCACGAUCGACCCUGAUGAGGGCAUGUACCGAGGCAGCCGCUUUACCUUCGAUUUCACCAUAAACCAGAACUUUCCCCACGAGCCCCCCAAGGUCCGGUGCCGAGAAAAGAUCUACCAUCCCAAUAUCGAUCUUGAGGGAAAGGUCUGCCUGAACAUUCUACGAGAGGAUUGGAAGCCAGUGUUGAACUUGAAUGCUGUGAUUGUUGGCCUGCAGUUUCUGUUCCUCGAACCCAACGCAUCGGACCCGCUCAACAAGGAGGCAGCUGAAGAUCUACGAAACAACCGAGAGGGAUUCAAGCGCAACGUGAGGACUGCUAUGGGUGGUGGAGUAGUCAAGGGCAGGACAUACGACAGGGUCCUGAAAUAG